UUCUUUCUUCUCUUUAUAAUCCUAUAAUUGUACAUUUGUACUGUUCAUUCACUUUCCCAACCAGCUUGCCUUUUCACCAUACCACACACUGCUUCAAACCUCAAAUGUAGCUUUACUACCUGAAUCUCAGUAGCAACAACAAGAAUAAGAAAGAAAACUAUGUCCUCCAUGGACUUCAUCAGCAUUGAAGCUCGGUAUUUUAGCUCUUGUAUGAAGCAUGAGGUGCUACCGAACCCAGCAGUACUCUUAUGGUUAACUAAGGCCAAGAUUGAAAUAAUCCAGAAUGCGAAGUUUAGAAUAGCAGUCUCAAUAGACCAGCUAAAGGAUGCUGAUAUUUCCCCAAUAGUUGAUAUGGUGACAGGUGAUGAUUCUGAUAUUGAUGCGGUUGACAUAGUUCAUGAAUCAUAUGGUAUUGUCCUGAGUGAAGAAUGCAUUAUGGCUUUGAUGCGUGCAAUCAAUUUCAAGCUCCGAGUUGUUGAUCUCCGGGAUAUAUCACUGGGGAAGGAAUUUUUGCGGGAUCUCUGCCAGGGUGGCUUGGCUUGCCAGGUCUUGAACUUAAGGUCUAACCAUGUACAAAAACUCAACAUGGCUGGAAGAUUUAUGCGGCUGCACACCCUUAAUCUGGAUUUUUGUACUGCACUCACUAGUCUGCAGCAUGACUGUUUCUCUUGCAUGCCAAAUCUAUCGCGUCUAUCAAUGUGUGAGACAAGAAUCACUAACCUCUGGACAACAUCUGCUGCUUUAUCCAAACUUCCUUCUUUGACAGAACUACGUUUCCAAAAUUGUUUAUGCUGCAGUGAUACUGGGCCAUGUCCUUUAUCACAUGGUAAAGAAACAACUGCUCAUGGGUUUGAGAGUAAAAAAAAUGAGUGUUUAAACAAUGGAGUCCCACCCACUGAUGGUGGAGAUGCUAUAAUCCAAGCUUCAAGAACAGGUGAAACAUUCAGGGACACGCUUUAUCUGGAUCGGUCAAUGUUAAUUAGUGAGGUUCAAAGAAGAAUGGAGAAUUUAUCAGCCAGCAAUGAGGUAAAAGUUUCAAGUUAUGACCUUCAGGGAAUAGGAUUGACAGAACCAUCCACUGUUAUUCCUGAUUUAUGUGGACAAGAAAAAAAGCAGAAUGAGAUUCAAGCGAAAGAUGGAUUCCUUACGAGUGUGCCAAAAGAAGAUGUGAAGAAUGCAGCUGUUGCAUUAAAAAAGUAUACAUCUCAUCAUCCUGCACCUAUAUGCUUCGAGAAACAUUAUAGGGAAUACAUGAUUGCAUCACUGCCUUAUCUAGAAGUUUUAGAUAAUAGGCCUGUCAGAAAAAUGGACAGGGUGGUGGCCAAGACUAUCUGUGCAAAAUACUAUGAAUGCCUACCUUAUAAACGACAAUGCAAAGAAAGUGUUCUUAGUCUUUUGCAUAGACGUGAAAUGGGAGCAAGUAAUACACACUGCCAAAGAACUUUAAAGCCAAAACAGCUUUAUCCUCGUCAUGCUAGUGAAUAUUUUUUCUCGAGGUCCCUUUCUGCUGCCAAACUUGGGUCUUCAGCUUGGCCACUCUUACAUUCAGUAUCCAAAUUUAGGCACACAUUUGGAAAUGAAAGUAAAAUGCUUCGUCCAAGGCAAUUUGAGUAUCAUCCAUCAGACCCUCGUCUUAUGGUUUUUGGAACAUUGGGUGGUGAAAUAGUUGUUAUCAACCAUGAAAAUGGUAACAUGGUUAGUUAUAUCCCUUCUGCCGGAGCAAUGAGCAGUGUCUUGGGCCUCUGUUGGCUCAAGAAGUAUCCCUCAAAGCUUAUUGCAGGUUCUGAUAAUGGUUCCUUGAAGUUGCUUGACAUCAAUCUAAUGCCACCAGAAUUUGUGGACUCCUGUCGCAGCUCUGUCAGGGUAACCUUUGAUAAGUUUGAUCAGUUAACCUCUCUUCACAUCAAUUCAACAGAUGAUCAGUUGCUCGCCAGUGGGUACUCCAAAGAUGUUGCUCUAUAUGACAUUGGCAGUGGGAAACGCUUAAAACUGUUCAAUAAUAUUCAUAAAGAACCAAUCAAUGUUGCCAAAUUUGCUUGUCAUUCCCCUUUCAUGUUUGCUACUUCAUCCUUUGACCAUUGUGUGAAGAUGUGGGAUGUAAGACAGAACCCAAUGCGACCUUGCUAUACGGCUUUAAGUUCAAGAGGAAAUGUGAUGGUCUGCUUUUCUCCUGAUGACCUCUACUUGCUGGUGUCGGCUGUUGAUAAUGAGGUUAAGCAACUGUCGGCUGCAGAUGGGAGGCUCCACAUGAAUUUUGAGAUCGCUUCCACAGGAAGUGCUCAUAACUAUACCCGUUCAUACUACAUGAAUGGAAGGGACUAUGUUAUUAGUGGCAGUUGUGAUGAACAUGUUGUCCGCAUUUGCUGUGCUCAGACUGGAAAGCGACUCAGGGAUGUCUAUUUGGAGGAUUGGGAGUCAGGAAAUUCAAUGUUCGUGCAGUCAUUAAGAGGUGAUCCUUUUAGGCAUUUCAACAUGAGCAUCUUAGCAGCCUCUACACGUCCAAGCGCCAGGUGGGAGAUAAUCAAGGUGAAUUUACUAGCUUCGAGUCACAAUACUGAAGAAUAUAGCCAAUUUUCCCCUACUUCUUUUAACAAUCUGGGAGGUUGAUGUAGUAAACAUUUGACAUCUUAUGCUUCCAACCCCAAAUGUAUAGAGAAUCAUGGUUUUUUCAUUGGACUCAAGGAUGUAUAUAUAUAUAUAUAUGUAUAUACACACACACUAAACAGUAUCUAAUCUUGUUAAUGACAGUAACCAAUUGUACAGCAAUAUUCAGAUUUUCAGAGCCAAAUUUUAUCUCUCA